AUGAGUGCUCCGUUUCGUGGUCUAACGCAAAAUUGUUGCGCUUGUGAUGAAAAUUGUUGCGCAUGUGGAGAAUGCUGCUUGGCAUGUGCUGAAACAUGUAAUUGUUGUAAUACAACAUCGGUUGAAUCAUGUCUUGAUGCGUGCUGUCCAAAACGUGGAAAAGUCGAUUUUGCCGAUAUAAUUACGUGUGAAGCCUGUUGUACCGGUCAAUGUUGUGAAAUAGAAAUGGCAUUUAUGGAAGAUUAUUUUCGUACUUCGUUAAGCAAAGAACUAGCCAUUGCACCACCAGAACGAGAUCAUGAACAUCUGUCAUCUACUAGUCGUCUGUUGGAAAAACAGCGUGAAGUUACGGAAGCCGAACAAUUAUUAGCAAAUCAAAAAGAAGAAUUUAAAUUAAAAAUGCAAAGUUUAAAAUUACGUCGAGAAAAAUUGAAUACAAAAGAACACAGUCUUCGUGAAAGUUUAGCAAAUUUUGAAAAAUAUAUCAAUGAAUUAGAUUCAAAACGAAUGCGUGCAUUAAAACGUGCACAAGAUGAGCGUGAAUUGGGACAAAUAAAAGACAAAGAUAUUGAAAAAUUACAAGCAGAAAUUGAUGAUUUAAAACAAAAACGAGAAGAUCUAUUAGCAAGAGUGGCCAAAUAUACAAAUCAAAAUAAAUAUCUUGAAAAAGUUGUCGAAACAGCUGAUGAAUUUCAAGAAGUUCGUGAACUUAUCGAUCGAUAUACAACAUUAAAAACGAACAAAGAAUCAUUAUUAGAAAUUCAAAAUCAACGCGAAGAACAGCUGGAAGAUUUACGAAGAAAACGAGAAACAUUUGUACAGAGUAAAAAUAAUCAAAUAUUAACAUUAAAUAAUCGAAUUGGUGACUUACAACACGAAUUAGAACGUGCACAAAUUGAAGCAAAUCGUGCUGAAAAUGAAUGGAAUUUUAUACAAACAACAUCAGCUGAAAAAACACUUCAAUUAGGAAAUAUUAUUUUAGCUGUACGAAACUUACAUCAAUUAGUACUUCGACAACAAAAAGUUGAAAAAGAAGAAGAUGUUGAUGCUAUUGAGAAUCCGAUUAAACGAGUGGAAGAAGAAUUGAAGAAAGUUUAUUUAUUUGUACAUGAUUUUACGGCAAUUACGAAUGAAAUGAAACGUAAUGAACAAGCACGUCAAAGAACUUACAAUUAA